GACGAAAUUAAAAAGUAUUACGAGUGAGCUAUUUUUCGUAUAAUGUUUAUAUUUUCGUAAUCUGUCCGUGUUUUUGAUAAUCGGGUCGCGAAUGAUGUCAUACUGGCUUAUUUUAAAUGUGACGUCGCUAUUUCCACAUUGGAUGCAGAACGUUGUAGUGCUCUGUGAAUUAAAUAAAUUGUAUUAAUUUUUUUGUGCAAUGGCCUAUUAUCCUCAUCGAACCGCCGGAGCCGCAUCGCCUCCACGUCUGACAGACAAGCUCCGGCUAUACCAUGUCGAUAUGAACCCAUAUGGACACAGAGUGCUUUUAAUAUUAGAAGCUAAGAAAGUCAAAUACGAAGUGUACAGGCUAGACCCACUUCGUUUACCGGAAUGGUUCAGGGUUAAAAAUCCGAGAUUAAAAAUACCAGUUCUAGAAAUACCAACAGAGCAAGGUGACAAGUGCCUGUUCGAAAGUGUGGUGAUCUGCGACUACCUCGAUGAGAAGUACCCGCGGAACCCGUUGCACUCUAGAGAUCCUUACGUCAAAGCUCAAGACAGGCUUCUUAUAGAGAGAUUUAAUGAGUUAAUUAAAGGCAGCUUAGAAUGUUUUGAUACAAAUUUCGCCUUUGGCAGCGAACAAAUCGUUCAGACUUUGGAUAUUUUCGAGAAAGAGUUAGCUGAAAGAGGAACAAAUUACUUCGGUGGAAACAAGCCGGGUAUGCUUGAUUAUAUGAUCUGGCCGUGGGUCGAGAGGCUGUAUCUUUUGCGAUGUAUUAAUGAGAGGAAGUUCGACGAGAAGAGAUCGAAGUUUCCCAAUUUUGCGGACUGGGGUGAUCAAAUGCAGUUAGAUGAAGUUGUGAAGAAGCAUGCAACAUCACCUUCAGAGUAUUUUGAAUACUACCAGAACGCUAGAACGCACUCAAUGGGCUACUAUCUAUAAUAAGGAUGAUCGUUUACCGGUUGUAUAGCGCCAUAUCGUGCUAUAUUGCGCUAUAUUCAAUAUCAUUUAUGAAAUAUAAUUCAGACUACCAACAUUAAAAGAUAAUUAUAUAUU